AUGCCGCCUCCAUCAGACAUAUCUCGACGAAGAAAGCAUGGCCCUCCACCUAUCGCGCCGAAACAACUUCCUCUAUCCCUUCUUCAACAGUCAUCACCUUCCGCCAGCGUCUCUUCCUUGUCGGUGAAUCAAGAUGAUGAUUACGUACCGCAAUCUAGCUCAACUAGGAGAGGAUCAUCAAUCCAAGGGAAGCGAAAACAGCCACCAGCCCAAUCAUCUACAGGCAGACCGAACAAGACGUCGAGAGAAGCUAUGCGGAAAGCCAACCAUUCGUUGAUCGAGAGAAGGAGGAGGGAGAAAAUCAACGCAGCGUUGAGUGAGUUAAGAAGAAUGGUACCUGGUUUAGGAGAUGACGGGGGGAAAGCAGGCGAAUUUAAACUAGAGAGUCUCACCGAGCAUAUAGAAAUAUUGGAGGGUGUUUUACGAGAAAACAGGAUACCGGUCCCACAGACUGUACAAGAGGACGGUAAUAAUGGGAAGUCUGGCAAGCUGGUCAAUCAACCUGAAUCCCCGACCCGUACGAGGGAUGAGAUUCCUAUCAAUCCUCACUCACAUGCUCCAUCCAGCUUCUCUCAUUAUUCCCAUAUCAACAGAUGUUCGUUGUCCACUCACCCUUCGCCAGGGAAUCAAAGUGAUCCAAACGAAACCGAGAUCGAGCCAGAGCUUCCUCCCCCAUUCGCAAAAGCUUCUCAUCUUCGUCCAUCUUCCUCAAUGGCCCUAGCUUCUCUCCUAGGGCAAACUCAGCACUCACCAAGUCCACCACUAUCUCGGCCCCCGCCUUCUCCGCGGACCAGUAAUACUAUCUAUUUGCCCUUUCCUGCACCUUCACCGACAUCGCCGUUCCUCAAUGGAAGCUCAAAUAGUUCCGCAUCCACAGUUACCGGUCCCCCUGAUCCCAGUCCAUUCUUAGCUCCCUUGAGCGGGAUGUCGCUUUUCGGUGGUGUACUCGACCCUGUCUCUCCAGCGGAUAGUUUCAAGUACAUCACGCAGCACUCUCCUCCUCACAUGUCUCUGCCUCCAACCAAUAGAAAGACGAUGCCACCUGAAGAAGCGGCCAACCUACUGUUAGCCUUUUCGUCACCGGACACAUUGAGACCUCAGAUCAUGAAUUCGAGAGGCGUGACUUUGGACAACGAUGAUUUCAAGCUCGAUGUGCCAAAUGCAGCGGCCUAUGGAAAAGCUGUACUUCGUCAUGUGGGACAUGACAUAAGAGUUGGUACGGGCCCGAUGAAAGUGACCGAGGAGGUGACAAGCAAGAGUGCGCAAGAUUUCUUGGGAUUCCGACAGCGAUAG